AUGAACCCGUACAACGUAGCGCAGCAAGAGAAACGAUCCUGGGACGGCGAAGUCAAAGAGUGCGCAGCGUUUGGAGAAAACGCAGGAACUAUACAACAGAGGGUGCAGGACAAAGACAACAACAGAUUCAUCUCUCGAGGAGACGUCCGAAGACUUCCGCUUGACGCGUCUCUUGAACUUUUUCCGGACCAACCUCUCACCGAAGAGGCGUCCCUUGAAAGACAGUUCCAAUUAUUUUGGCCAUCAGAACACCCACGCCCUCUACGGUCUGAGGAGUCUCACAGAUUUAACUCGACGCCGAAAGCUGGAAUUCAUUCAGGAGACCAACAAAAGCAUCGUGAGUUAGGCGCAUGUGCUGGGAAAAGCGUGGCAGACAUUUUUCCAGGUGGAGACACCCAAAGGACGACUGCGUUGGAGGUCUCGACCCACACAAGGACGCAAGAACAGACCGAAAAGCAGGCUUCUAUGGAGCAGGUAGAGACAGAUGUGACUGCUAGCAAGAACCGUCAGAUGAAGCAAGGAAAAUCAGAAUACGUGGAAAGUCGUGAAGAGAAUGAGCGCGAUCGCAAACAACUGGAGGAGCUGCAGACAGAAACCCCAAAGGAUGCAACGUUUGACGAGGAUAAACCCAGCGUGAUUCAACACAGUUUCUGCGAGAGCCGGGAUAUGGAACUCGUUUCAUAUCGUCUCGUGGGAAGUGGAUUAAUGAACGAGCUGCAGACUGAAAGAGACGAUAGAGUUGAGGCAAGGGACACAUGCGUCGACCAUCAAGAAACAGUUCCAAACCAAGAACAUCAGUGCACACACGUGGCGGCUGCGCAAGGGAAGACUUCAGGCCAUACUGAAAAUGGGCGUGAAGGAAGCCAGCAAGCAGAGAAUAUCCGUAGUUCGCUCAUGAGUAAGAACGCUGGGCCGUUCCACCUUCUUCAAAAAGGCCUUUUAGCUGAGGCUGAGGCGGAUGCUUCUCUUGCACAUGCGAAGAAAGAGCAGGAAAAGGCAGUCACCGAAAAAGGUUCUUCUGCGCAAAUACACAUGUCAGUCUCUCAGCAGAAUGUGGGUCAUCAACACUCGAGAGAUCCAGACCACCUUUACGCUGUCGCAGAUAGUGUUCAGGACCUCUCAAAUGAAUUCGAAUGUUGGUCACGAAACGACCAUGUUUCGGUGCCGCCCAAAGCGAAUGAACAAGAUAACAAAACAGAACGAAACCCGGGCCGCCUUCCGCACCGGGUCGAAGCGACUGUGCUCGGAGAUAAUGAGCAAGUCGAAAAGGGUACGAAUUCUGCCUGCGACAUGGAAAGAGAGGAAGUGCGUUCAGAGGAAGCCAGCAUAUCACGAACAAGUAGAAAUGCCAAAAGACAUGCAGACAGUCCCCUAGAUUGGGUCCCAGACACAAGUCCCGAUGCGCAACCACCGACGCGGAGCGGCCGGCAAUCUGAUCCUCUGACCCCGACCUCAAUCACCUGGAAGCAGGCGUUGGUCUUCCCCUCUACCAGGCAAAAUCCCCUUUCCCCAGGUCCUAGUCUCGAAGAGACAAAAACUAUAGAGUCUGGUGCUUCCACGUCAGAUCCAACCCACACGGGAGAGAGUACCGCUACCGGAAAUAAGAAACGCGUGGUAGAUAGACUCCUACCUGGCGAGGUUCCAGCCAUUCCUGGGCAUGAAGUAGUAGAGCCACUUGGACACAACAUGGAUUUGGAACAGAGCACUCUGCAUGAAACAUCACAGACGCACCACGUAAACCAAAUCGAUACAGGUGUUGUUUGCACGAUCUCUACUGCAGCAGAAACUCAUAAGGCAUUUAGCAAAAUCUUGCCCGGGAGCUGUAUAGGCAAUAGGCAAACAGCCGUUGUGCUGCAAAGUGAACAGACGGCUACCAAGGUGGAUGAAGAUGUGAACAGCAGUACUCAAUCAGGAUUGGUGCACACGGUGGCAGGAGGAAAUAUGGAAGAACAACAUAUGGAUGAAGCUGUGAAGACCAACACUCAGCCAGGACGUGUACACACGAUAGCCGGAGAAAACACAGAAGAGCCACAUGUGGAUGAAGCCGUGGAGACCAACAUUCAGUCAGGACGUGUACGUAUGUUGGCAAGAGGGAACAAAGAAGUACAAAAUGCAGAUCAGGGUCUGACAUCGGGCUUACUAGGGACCCAGGAAGAGCAAUUGUUCAAUGACACCACGCUGACAACGUCGCUCACAAUAGAAAGUGGCAACGAAAAAGAAGCUGCCGUGGUUGCAAACGAAAAGCCGACAUGCCCUUGUCAGGAUGCGCCAGACACCUCUUUCUCCGAGCAGACAGUUCUGCCACCGGUGAAAAAGGGCAACGCCCGCGGCCAGGUGAAAUUAAUGACAGAUGUGCUGCCAGGAGACGACCAGGAGUACAUAAUCAAAAUAGGCGAGGCGGCCACCAGCCAACCUGACCAACGGGUGAUGCUCCAGAAGAGGAAGCAGAUGAAACAACCGGCACAGCUGCCGACGGUAUUGUCAGAAAAGGCGCAUAGAUCAGGUGAUGUACCAGAAGAACAGAAAACGGAAAGGAGUGGAGACCACACUGCAUGCUCGGCUGACAAGCUUCCCAAAAGGGCGGGACGAAAGAAGUCUGCGAAACGAGACCGAGACCGCGAUGCAGCACCUGAACCCGACCUAAUCAAGCCCAAGCAGUCAACUGUGGCAUCGGAUGAAUUUUCAAUUCCACUGUAUUCACCGAAUGUCGUCCCAUCUUCGUUUGCUUCGGCAAUUCCUGCUUCUCCCAUAACUCCCGCGCCUCCGUCACCACGAACGCCACGUCCGAUGACAGGGAUUACGGCAUUGCUGCCAGUGUUGGCAAGACGGGCAUCUCGAAAGGAGAAUACUACAGGAUAUGAACAUUACUCAAGCGCAUAUCUUUCAGCAAAUCACUGUUCCGACGGUGCCGGUAGGCACAGGGUGCGACAACGGGGCAUGAAUGAAGCCGCUGAGGAAAUGAACUCUGUCAUAAAAAAACUGUCCUGCGACAGUCGGUCCGACAUCAAACGAGACGAGGCUUACAAAGCAUCUGACAAACAGAAAGGCACGGGUGAUCCUCCACCAUGCAACGGUACGAGAAAACGCAGGCGUAGACUGAUCAAGUUACCUCUCGUUCUCGAUGAAGAGAACAAAGAAGUUGAGGCGGAUGCCUCCACAAAGAGGUAUUCCCCAGGUUCGGCUGAGGGUCAGGUUUACGAUCAAAACACGCUGAUUCCCUUGGUACCGGGUCCUGAGCGGGGACCUUGGAGACGAGGGCGAAUACGCUGGACUGAAAAACAAAAGUGUUUCACUGUUUCAGCUCCUCGAGUGGCCAGAGAGCGAAGCGGAAGUGUAAGGAAACGCUUUUUUGUUGGCAGAAAAGCUAGCGCAGCUGACGCCUUCGCCAACGCGGAGGCUUGGCUAGACCAACAAAUUGAGGCCCAAGACGGCAGCAUCCCGGAAGAACAGACACAGAACAAGGGAGGAAAAGGGACAGAGCCAUCUGGCGCGAGAGAAGAAGAGAGGGGGAGCAGCGCCAACGAUGAAACACGGAAGGAAGAAGAGAAACCGGAGGACGAAGAACGUGAGGAGCAGCAUGCACAAGCAUCACUGUGGGUCAACCGGCUACGGCCUCAUGUCAUCAGAGAUUCUGAAAAGUCAUAA